ACAAAAGGACUUGAGUUCUUGUAUGUUGUUACAAUUACACCAUGAGUUAUUAAUCAUGAAAUGUACAAACCCGCCCUUCUUCUUACCAGAGAGAUGUUUGUUCCUGUCGGUGCGAUGCACUGAAAAUCUUGUUUGCUCUACGGACUCUGACAGCAUGUCCCCAGCUAGCCAUGUCUCUGUGAAACGGAGUAUAUUACAAUCCUGAAUAUCUCUUUGGAAAACAACUCUUGCCCUAAUUUCGGCGACUUUGAUAACUAGGAACGGGACAUUAGCGAGCAAUAUACUCGGAAGCAGUGGGUGGUGUGUGCGCAUCCGAAGCUUCAGUAGAAGACCGCUCCGGCACCCUCUCCUCCGACGGUGUUGUUUUGGGUCGGCCUCUGGAAUCAGUUCAAAUGCCCUGGGAGGUGCAGACAAAGGAUCCGCUUUGGGGAAGUUGUAUUCCUGGUCGUAGUGCUGUGCCCAGCCCCGCCUCCCAGCAGUCCCACAACUGGAGGCCGACCUAGUCGACAUGAACCUGCAUGGCGCCAGCGGAGGCCUCGACCGCUGCAGGGACAGUGACCGCCGGCGCUCCAGCGACCGCUCCCGAGACUCCUCCCACGAGAGGAGCGAGGGUCAGCUGACCCCUUGCAUCAGGAAUAUCACCUCGCCCACCCGACAGCACAACAGUGAUCGUGAGCGGGGCGAGGGUGGUUCUUCCUCCAGGUCGUCAAGCCCUCGGCCGCCUAGGGCCAUGAUGUUGGUGGGGCCCAGUUGCAUCGCAGUGAGCAGCAGCAGGAGCAGCCUGUUCAGCAAAGAGGCCCACUGUAAGGGCCUGGGCCACGGACACGUCCACAGCCCCUGUGACCUCAUCUACGUCUAUGAGAACGCCAAGGAGGGGGCGCGCACGUUACGGACGGCCGAGAGGGUCACUCUGAUCGUGGACAACACCCGCUUCGUGGUGGACCCGGCUAUCUUCACUGCUCAGCCCAACACCAUGCUGGGAAGAAUGUUUGGAUCCGGAAGGGAAUACAAUUUUACCAGGCCCAAUGACAAAGGGGAAUUUGAGGUGGCAGAUGGAAUCAGCUCAACUGUUUUCAGAGCCAUCCUGGAUUACUACAAAUCUGGGAUAAUCCGCUGUCCUGAUGGUAUCUCCAUUCCCGAGCUGAGAGAAGCAUGUGACUACCUCUGCAUCUCCUUCGACUACAGCACCAUCAAGUGUAGAGACCUCAGUGCACUCAUGCACGAGCUGUCCAAUGAUGGGGCGAGGCGUCAGUUUGAGUUUUACUUAGAGGAGAUGGUGCUGCCUCUGAUGGUGGCCAGCGCCCAGAACGGAGAGAGGGAGUGUCACGUAGUGGUCCUGACAGACGACGACGUGGUGGACUGGGAUGAGGAGUACCCUCCGCAGAUGGGAGAGGAGUAUUCUCAGAUUAUAUACAGCACAAAACUGUACAGAUUCUUCAAGUACAUAGAGAAUCGUGACGUUGCCAAAUCAGUAUUAAAAGAAAGAGGACUUAAGAAAAUCAGACUAGGAAUUGAAGGUUACCCCACCUACAAGGAGAAGGUGAAGAAGCGUCCCGGCAGCCGGCCAGAGGUAAUCUACAACUACGUCCAGAGGCCCUUCAUCCGCAUGUCCUGGGAGAAGGAGGAGGGCAAGAGUCGCCAUGUUGACUUCCAGUGUGUGAAGAGCAAGUCCAUCACCAACCUGGCAGCCGCCGCUGCAGACAUUCCCCAGGACCAGCUGGUCAACAUGCACCCUGGUCCUCAGGUGGACGAACUGGACAUCCAGCCUCAGCCAAGCUACCACUACGAGCCAGACCCAGACGCCCCCUCACCGGCUGUCUGAGACUGGGCCCCCGUCCCCCUCCACUCCACCCUCUUCUCCCUCCACAGAGCACUGUAGUGACAAGGAAGUUGGGCAGCAGAAACCACAUUGCCUUUACAAGCCUCAAAAGAUAACUGGUAUAUACUGUCAAUAGCCAAGGAAGGAGAAGCAAAGCACACAGUAAACGAUUGCCUCAUUGCACUGUCUGCACUGUUUUUUUUAACUAACCAAAGGAGAUUUAUUUUUAUCAAGAAUAUUUGACGUAUUCUUUUCAUUUUGAAGGGGGAAAAAAGCAGAUUGUAUCACAAUAAACUUGUCUGUGGGUCCUCAUGUGAUGAGCUGUGUGUGUAGUGCUGCUGUGUACAGUUACAGUACUGUAGUUCCUAAAGGGUUCCCUGCCCCUGGUCAUGUGGUAUGGCGGUGCGGAUUUAGAAUCUUACUAUAGGUAGUCCACCACCAGGGAAGCCUCGCUGUGAUGCUUUGGUCUCAGAAUAAAUACAUUUGUAUUCAUCUCA